AUGAAGGCUCGUCUAGCCGGGAGUCGUUUCAGAUCGCUCAACGAGACUCUCUACACUUCGGAUGGGGACAAGGCGUUUCAGAUGUUCUCAGAGGACCCCAAUGCGUUCGCACAGUACCACGAGGGAUAUCGGGAGCAGGUGGCGUCCUGGCCAAUCAACCCCCUCCACGUCAUCAUUGACUGGAUCCGCCAGCGCCCAGCCACCCUCACAGUUGCUGACUUUGGCUGCGGCGAGGCCAAGCUAGCAGCCAGUGUGCCCAACAAAGUGACCUCUUUAGACCUGGUGGCUGCUGCUCCUGGUGUGAUCGCAUGCAACAUGGCUCAUACACCCCUACCACCUGCCUCAGUCAACAUUGCAGUCUUCUGUCUCUCCCUCAUGGGAGCAGACUACCCCUCCUUCCUGUCUGAAGCUCACCGUGUGCUGCACCCUGGGGGCUCACUCAUUAUAGCCGAGGUGAGGAGCCGGUUUGACCCCACCACAGGAGGGGCGGAAUUGAAGGACUUUGUUGCUGCACUGAAACAGCUUGGAUUCCGCCUUGUCUCCAAGGAUUUGAGCAACAAGAUGUUUCUCCUCCUUUUCCUUGAGAAAGUGCAGGCAGAG